GUUUGAACAAAAAAAGAUGUAGAAUCGAUGACACGACUUGCGGUAUUUUUCUUGUAGUUGUUUUUGUUUUGCAUUUGACGCAACGAAGCGGUCCGUGUUGAGACGAUGUUAAACAAUAAAUAAUAUGUAUUACGAAUGGAAUUAUACAAUGAAAUGUACUCGAAAACUACACCGUCUUCAAAGUACUGGACCGACAUAUGCAAUUAUUAUAGUCCGUACAUUCGGAAUAUCAUUUUAAUUGUAAGUCACGCAUAUUUUAAACAUCCUAAUGAAAUUUACGUAUAUCUACAUUAAUAUUUAUAACAUGUUUAUAGCUAUGACAAUAAUCGUGACAAUAACAAGGUAAUAUAAAACAAUAAGAAAGUAGGGCAAUUUAACUUAUAUUUUACGAAAAGAUAUAUGACCAGAAACUAUUGCUGACGAUAAAUAAUUCUGAGCAGUUGUAUUAAGUUUAUUUGUUUAUUUUUUUGUGUCUGUAAAAAACUUUUCUACCAGAAAUCUUACUUCAAUCGAUAACUGUAUAGAAACUUACUUGUAGAAUUUUUUUUCUAAUUGGUGCAUUAAGGAAGUUAUUUUGCUAUCAGUUUUCUUAAUAGAUGGGAAAAAUUGAAAAUUGUUUUCCCUUGUUGCCCAGGAUCCUAAAAAUCAACAAAACUUAUACAAAAAAAAAAAAAUACCAGUUUUUCCAUUUAUUAAGCAAAUUAAAGGUUGAAUAAAAAAAAUUAUCUUUUAGAUUCACCAACUAGAUCAAAAAUGUUUCAAGUAAUUUCCUAUAUAGUUUUUGCGUGGAGUAAGAUUUCUAGUGCCUAGUUGUUCAAAAUAAACAAUUUUUUAUCAUAUCAAUAUAUUCCCAUUAAACAAUGCUAUAGCCAAUUCCGAUAAAUACAACUGCAGAUCAACAAAAAAGUCGAAUGUUACGAUUAAUUUCGUAGACGUGAAAAUGUACGAGUUGUCGUUUUGUUGCUAUUUAUAAAUAUAACAGAAGCUGAGGAAUUGAAAAAAUAACUAGCAAUCAUCCUUUCCUCUGAAGUGCCGAUAUUUAAGAAUACAUACAUAUAACGUCAUCCAAAAUGGACUCGGCUGCAAAACUCGAGUAAUUUUUUACCGUUCAGACAAUACUAUAAUACCGUUUAAAUCUGAGAAACUAUAUUUUUUUUAUCCACAGCAAUACGCAACCCUCGUUCUGGAAACAGCGCAGGAAUCGGAUUUCGUUUCUAGCGUUCUUAGGAUUUUUCAACGUCAACGUUCUCCGGGUGAAUUUAAGCGUAGGAAUCGUGGCUAUGACAACGUCAUCGGAUACCAGAGUACGAUUGAAAAAUCUGUACAGUAGAAACUCGUUUAACCGUCACUGUCGGGACCGGGACAAUGGCUGUUAUUAGAAUAGACGGUUAACAGGCAUUUUUAAAUAAACGUAUAUAUUUUACAAUGGCAAGGGUAAUCUACGAUUGACAGUUGCAUUCGCACAGACCAUUGCAGUGAUCCGAUCUUUUUAGAACUUUAAAACCUAGGGCUGUUUUUUCCAAAAAUGAUGCUAGUGUUUUUUUGUGGUAAAGCUCUCCAAUUGAGUCCAGUUUCAUCACAGUGAUAAACUUGUUCUCUAACAAGUUUAAAAUCAGCUUGUAUUUUCAAUUUGAAUUGUUCCUUGAAUUCAGCAAUAACUGCGUUAUUCGCACUAAGUUUCUCUCCACUAAUGACUACUUGUCGAAUGCCAUGACGAAAUACUUUUUGUCAUUUACUGUUCUCUCAACACCAUAAAUCUGAAAAAUAUUGGUAGCAGUUCACCUUUCUUCAAACGUUUGAUAAUUUCGAGUUUUUGAUUGAAUUCUAAAACAACACGUUUCCGCUUUUCUGUCAUCUUCAAAACACGACACAUAAACUACAAAAAACUCCGCACACACAGGCUGCUUGCCAGUCACUGGUUAAAUUAAAUUUAAAACAAUUCCAUUAUCAUUGUUGCCGCGUUUAUCGCGUUUAUUGCAUUGUGGAUAAUACAAACUAUUUUUUUACGCUUGAUAGUCACCGCGAGGAGUUUAUUGCGAUCGCAUCAUUAACUAUCUUUUUUCGACGGUGACCGAUAACGGUUAAUCGAGUUUCUACUGUAUUAAAAAAAAUCAUCGAUAUCAUAAUAUUUGUUCACAGAAAAGCGAAUUCCAAUGGGGCUCUGAAGUUCGCGGUGUCGUUCUAAGUUCGUUCUUUUACGGAUACAUUUGCACACAAAUGAUCGGAGGUAUAAUCGGAAGUAAGAUCGGGGGCGUUAAAUUGAUAGGUUACGGCAUCCUGAGUACCGCAAUCUUCACAACUCUGACCCCCAUCGCGGCCAGAUAUUCGGUUUAUCUCCUAAUCGUUCUCAGAAUUGUCGAAGGAGUAUUCGAGGUUUGUAUAGUGAUUAUACAUAAUUAUUAUAAUCGUGGAUCACACGACAUUACAUAAGUAGGCUAGAAUCAAAACUUGCAUGUUCCAAAAAAAGGGUAAAUAAGUUUUCAACGCUGUUUUAUAGGAUUUUUGUAAGCGAAUAUGAUUCUGUAAUCUGCAGUUUGAUUUAAAACUUGAAAGAACAGGUUUAAAUUUAACCGAAAAUUAACGGUUUGUGUAAAAACUAAUAAGUUCUAUUAGAUCAUUUGAAUUUGAUACUGAACCCUAUAUAACUCCUUUCAAAAAUCAUAUGACCUAUAAUAUGAAAACUCACAUAUUCAGAUAUUUUAUUUCAACUUUAUCAAAACCCGCAUGUUCCAAAGUUUAAUCUCACUUAUUAAACGCUUUUCUCGAUUUUAGGGCGUCGUGUACCCAGGCCUACUCGCUGUGUGGUCGAAAUGGGCCCCGCCAGGCGAGUCUACACGAUUGACAACGUUCGCCAUUUCCGGCGGUUUUGUGGGCACGGUCGUUGGUUACGCGAUGUGCGGAUGGUUAGCUGAAUUGUUUGGCUGGCCUACGACAUUUUAUGUACCGGGUACCACGUCAAAUCUAUAAAUGAAUCGUCCGAACAUUAUUAUUAAUUUGUAUCACUACUAUCGGGUACUUUAGGGGCUUCCACUGUGCUAAACAAUUUCAUACUAGGGAGUUAGAGUUUUGUUAUUAGCGAAUUGAAGUGAAAUAAACUUGGUUGAAUUUCACCAUAUUUUUGUGGGAGAGGGGCGUUUUUUUAGCUUUGUAUAUAUUGUAUGCCCCGGAAAACUCCUCAAACGAAACCAUGAAGGGGGGUGUCAUUUUAUAUAUUCACGACAAUGUAAUUACACUCUGACAAACAUACAUAAUUCAGUCAUUAAGAUCUAUUAUAAAAACCAAGAACGAAAUAUUGUUACGGCGAUAAAUCGACUUAGAGAAAAUUCGAUUUUAAUUGCGAAGUUCUACUGUUCACGGACGUUUUUUUAUUUGUCAAUAUAGGUUUUAUAGCUAUAAUAUGGUGUAUUGUUUGGUUAACGUUUGUUGCUGAAUCGCCGGUAGAAGAUAAAUACAUAACGAAUGCGGAACUCAAGUAUAUUGUCGAUUCGAUAGGGCCGACUGGUGAAAAAAAGGGUAAAUACGUUAUUCAUAAGAAAAAAAAAUAUAAAAAAAUAUGUAUUAUUGUUUUUGUUUUUCUCUUAAUAACAUUUCGUUUUGGAAAAAUACAUGAAAUUUAUCUGAGCCGAUGCGUUUUCAGCGAAAAUAAUUACCUAGUGCUCUAGUGGAUUAAUUUGUUUGUUAUUAUUUUUUGUUAGAUUCAUAAUGUAACGAGUAAUUUUCGUAUACAAAGUGUGUUUUAUACUUUUAUACUAGCUUAAUCCGAUCAUUAACAUUUACAUAGAUAAUUUAUAGUUACAAAUUUUGUCUUGUUGGUGUAUUUGGGAGGUAAUUUUUUUUAUAUUUUUUGCAUUAUUUUGACAAUUUUUGGGGUAUUUAUACUUAAUAAGUAGUAUACAAUAGAGAGUUCUACCCCAAGAUCAGGAUCAGGAGCAGGGGUAAGUGUUAUACCUAAUACAUGGCCGCCUGAAUUGCCCACCACUUCAUAGACUAUUGAAAAAAAAAUUUGGUCGUGUAAGAUUAGACAAUAAGUAGUGUUUUUUUUUUUUUUUUUUUUUUUUUCGAUCAAACCUAUGCUUAACUUACCUAACCAAACCUAUACUAAACUAACCUUACAAAACCCGUGGUAAACUAACCUAAAAUUACAUUUUGUACAUUAAAAACUAAACCUAUAACACAAUAUUGUGUAUUUCCAUUUUCUAACUUAACCUAUGAUUUUCAAUAGGAGGAACUAGAAUAUUUAUAAUAAUAUGCAAUGCACAUGCGUGUAUUGCUCCGAAUAUAUUCCAACGGUUAUUGAAGAUGCCGAUGGUUGUGAGGCUCAUUUUAUCCUUAUAAUAUAUAAGGGAAAUCGUUUCUUACUGUUGUUUAAUCGUCGACGGUAGUCGAAACAGUGAACAUGAACUCUACAAAAAUCUGCAGUUUAUCCCAAGUUUUGGGUAAUCGAAUAAAACGAACGAACGAGCGGUUUGGAUUAUGGUUGCCAACAUCUAGAACUAGGUUUUUAUUGGCUAAAUUUUCUGUUAGCAACCAUAAUCUAGUCGGUAUUUUUUUUUUCUUUCUAAAUUCGUUUCUUGACGACACGGAGUAAAAGCAAAAUUACCUUAUCGUUUGGAUACUACGAACAAAAUGGGCCAACAAAUUGUACAAGUUAUUGAAAAGGAAGAUUUGGAAAUUAUAAAUAAAAAAUAUAAAAAUUCUGUAGCUAUUCCGUACAAAGUGGAACUGGCAGACGUUAAGUUGGACGAUCUGUUAGAAGAACUUCCAGAAAAAUUAGCACAGCUUAAAAUCGACAAUUACUAUCUUAUGGAUUUCGACAUUACGCAGGAUUUUGUAGGCGUAUUUAAAAAAACGGAAAUGACUCGUUUUCUAACAGACAAUCACAAUUUUUGUAACCGAGGAGAGUACGAUUGGCAGCAAUAUAAUUGUAGAUAAUAACAAAACAGUUGGUAUAGACUGUUUAACAUGGCUANAUGUAUAACAAAUUUGUGUGCCAAAUUACCAGUCCUGGAGUCAACAAACAGAUCGGAAACCAUAGUAUCGACUUUAUCAACUGUCCAGAUGCACGUCCAAAGAAAACAUUUUCUUCUAAUCCAGCGAGAAAGCAUGGCGUAACAAGAUUUGAGGUGACAAUAUAUAUAACUAUACUAUUGAAGAUUAUUAUAAGACAAGGGACGUAUUUAAACUACUGGAAGAUUGUUUAAGUUUAUUGGAAAAUAGUAAAAUGUAUUUCCAAAAUGCACCGUUUUAUUCCGUGUCGAUUGCUAAAAUGUGGACAAAAUUGACAGACAGUUUACAGAAUAGCUGUUGCAUCGUGUUUAAAAAUGUCUUGCAGUUCGAACACGAAUAGGGGCAAUUCGAAUACGAAAAAAUUAACUGGAAUACAAAUUAAAUNCAUUGUUAUAGAAUUUAAAGCGGGCCGUAUUUAAUAGACUCGCGGGCCGGAUGCGGCCCUCGGGCCGCCGGUUGCCGACCACUAUGUUAGAUUAUUUAAAAACUUGUUAUUUAUUAAAAUACAUUUUAAAUUUAAAAUGAAAUUGAAUAAAUCGAUUUAAGUUUAUUAUAAUGCUGCGCGUCAUAUAGGCUGGAUAUUUGAAUGUUUAUCUAAUUUGUAUUCAAAACGCAACGUUUAAAUAAUAUAAUGAUAAUUUUUUCAAAAAAAAAAAAAUUAACCAGUUUUAAAACCCGUAAACAGUAAGAAUAUUAUAGAAUAUAAUAUAAUAUAUUAAAAUACAUAAUAUUAGAAUGUUAUAUUAUCUGGCAGGACCGGCGCGACGGGAUAUCGAGCACGUCAUUUAUAGAGUAUAGUGGAGCUCGCUAUUUUAAAGUCAGGUACACAAAUUGUAUACUCCACUACACUCCCCCUACCUAAACUUAAAAGUGGAAUAUCACUUGGAACAAAUUUGCGGAAAUAAACAAAUUUAAUUUAUUUUAUCUAAUUGUAAUAUGUAUAUCGUCGAAUAUGUAGAAAUCUAUAAAACGUGAUGUAAUAUACGAUUACCAGUUCCAUCACAAAAAAGAUCUUUUAAACAGUACUGCCACCUCACUUUAAGCUACUAUGGUGGACAAGUGUGAGUCGUUGAUAUAAGAGACCGCGGAGUGCAUAAUAAAGCGCUAGACACGCCACUAAUUUCUUCACUUCUCUGAGCUUGCUCAGCGAAAACACACGUUCUGACCAUAUUAAUCCUGACUUACCUUAUACUCUUCCAAACUUAUAAACAACAGUUGCAGAUACCGCCCGAGUACUACCCGAGUUCUACCCCAAGAUCAGGAUCAGGAACAGGAGCAAGGAUCAAGUGCUAUACCUAAUACAUGGCCGCCCGAAUUGCCCACCACUUCAUAGACCAUUUAGGUCACGCCCACUUUUGACAUUAUUACCACACUGUUAUCAUCAUACUUUCAACUACCCAGUUUCAACUACUUUUAAGUAUUAUGCUACAUUUAUAUAAUCUUAAUGGAAGGAUUUUUUUUUUUUUUUUAAUAAAAAGACAAAAUUUAUAUAGGUAAAUACUUAUUUAUUAUUUAUUAUACAUUAUUACACACAAAAAUCCUGCCUUUCUUUAUUUUUACUAGGAGUAGUUUUAAUUCUAUCCAUCUUAAUUUUUAUCUUAUAAUUUAAAUCUAUAUUCAUACAUCUGACAUUUCUUUCUCCAACCAGAAAUUUGACACAUACAAUGAAUCCAGGUUAUCGAACUGCAAUAUGUAACGAACUUUGUUUCUGCGACGUAUUUGUUUUAUUCCAAUUAAGACUAAUUCCGAUUUGUCCGGUAUUUCUUCCAAACGCCGACACUGUGUAACCUUAACAUAGCCAUUUAUUUCUUGCAUGGUUAUUUCUUCGAUUUGUUGUAUAUCGUUUUGAUUAAAAGAUAAAUCAUCCAUAUCUCGUAAUACUUCCGAAAAAAAUUGAACAUUUUCUACUUUUGCGAACGAAUUACCAUUAAAUGUAGUAACUCCAUUAGUAUUAAAUGUUAUAAUAGUUUCUUCUGUCGUGAGGACUAUUAAUACCAUUUCGUUAAACGGAAUUGAAACGUAUCCUUCUUCUUUAAGUUUUUCUCUGGUGUUGUAAAUGUUUAUAAAAAUUUUUUUUAAAGAGCCUUUUAAGAAGUAUACACUUUUGGUCUCAUCUUUUUCGACAUCGUUUUAUUCGGUGUCAAUUGCUAAAAUAUGGACAAAAUUGACAAACAGUUUACAGAAUAGCUGUUGCAUCGUGUUUAAAAAUUUCUUGCAGUACGUAAUUGGGGCAAUUCGAAUACGAAAAAAUUUACUGGAAUACAAAUUAAAUUAUCCGACAAUCGAGAACAGAGAGAUAAGAUCAUAAAAUAUACUCUUUCUGCGUAUAGUUUUAACUGUUUACCUAUAAACUGUAUAGAAGUCGCGGAGGGCGAAGCAAACAACGAAAACAUUACAAUAAUACAAAAAUGUUAUAUUAAAGCGGGCGAAACGUUUUUCUCUAGACCCGGGACUUGUUUCUCCACCAUCUCGAAGGAAGUAAAUAUCGAGGACACUGGGUUGAUCAAAACUAACAAUGUUAUUCCCCAGAUUCUAAGGAAAAGAUCUAACAUAACCAAUAAACUGUCUACGUUUACAAUAAAAUAAAUAGAGCCUCUCUCGUCUGUAUACGUAACAUCUGCGGGAAAACAAAAAUUAGAAUUGGAAGAAAUAAAUACGAAAAAAAGAAAAAUAGAUUAUUUGUCAAAGACAAUCUCCAUUAAAGAAGAGCAUAUGCGUCUCUUAGAGAAAGAACACGAGGCUGCACGAUAAAUAUUCUGUAUUUUAAAAUUGAAUAGGUACCUAAUUGUUAGUAUUAACUGAAUUACUCGGAAUAAUCUUAAUUAUAUAUAAUAAAUAGGCGUAUACACGAGUUUGUGAUCAAUAUGGUACAGAAAUAUUAAUAGAAAUUAAUGAAAUUAAUUUUGAUCGUAAUCACUAAAAAUUAAAAUAAAUAAAAAAAAAAAAAAAAACGAAAAUACGUUUUAUGUAUUUCUAUAUUAAAGAAAAAAAACAUUAGGUAAUUAUACAGUUUAUGAAUUUAUGUUAACAAUUAUAAAUCCAACUACUGUCUAAACUAAACGAUAUCAAAAUAAAUGUAUGCAAUAUAAUUUUUUUUAAAUUUUUUUUUACGAACGAACAUUGGAGAUAUUAAUUUAAUUUAGUUUGCGUCGGUAUUGUUUGAAAAUAAAGACUCUGAGCUUGAUCGAGUUCUGCUGCUAAGUCGAACCUCACUUCGAAAUUCAACACCAUACUUUUUUCUUUUCUCAAGCUUGGGUUUUUCGAUUUUUCUUUUCCUCUUCUUUAUAACAUCUUCUGGUUUCGUGCCCGUAGUUUGCGUACCACGUGUAUUAAUUUCGAUUGCCCCAUCGUCUGACGAACUAUCUUUAAUGAUGUUCUCUACAGUAUUUAUUUGACUCUUAUUCGGCCGUGUCAUACUUGGACAGUUUGGUUGAUGAUUGGGCUGAAACGGCUGAUCCUUUUCUGUUUCUGCAGUAGAUUCAGUAUCAAUAUUUAUAAUUUGAACAUCAGAUUCCCCAGAAGCAGAAUUAAUUUGAAUAACUUCUGACGGAACAAGUGUAUGUGACGGCGACAUAACAAUAAAAGGAGAAUUUUCAUUAUCUUCGUCAUCCGUAUUCACUACAUUCGAUUCAUCCCUAUGAUCUGGUGAUGUAACAGAUAUUGGUUGCUCAACUAUAUCUUCAUCAUUUAAUUCAGAGUACUCAGAAUACAGCAUGGAAUAUCGAGAGAAAUAUCUAUCAUGAGCGUAGCGUACAUUAAGAUCAUAGUCAACCAAUCUAUAUGGACUACUUGCAAAGUUAUAUAACUCGUGGAGGAAAUGCUCGGCGAAGUUUCCAAUACAAGGAGUUAGUAUGGUUAUCAAACGAGUGUUUGUUAUAUCAUACAAUACGAUUAAACGCAUUAUAAAUGAUGUAAAAACUUCAUCAUUAGUACUUGCGAAGGGAGGUCUAUGCGUCAUAUCAAGUGAAAUAAGAGUUCUUAAAACAUUUACUUCUCUUAGGACAAAUGCACGUAAUCUUAACGUAUGUGUUGGAUUUUCUCUAUAAAAAGUUAAACUACAAUCUCUGAAUUGACCCCUUAUAUCGGGUAAUGGCUCAGCCCACAUAUUCUCUGCAUAUACUCGUCUUCUCGUUNUACUUUGGCUGCUUGAAUCUUCAUUGUUUUCAUUGUCUGAAAGAACGUUGAUACCGACAUUUAAACUAUUAUCUCGGCUUUGCAUAUUUAUUUCAAAAUUAUGAAUACCACCACUUGGUGUUCGGUCUACAUUACUUUGAUCCAUGUUAUUCUGCAUAUUGAAAAUUAGCCAACCGAAAGACGGAUUGACGUAUAGUAUCUCAACGGAAAAACACGACGAUACCAAAAUGAACACGUCUAACUUUCCAAAAGAACGUGGAUAAAACCGCGCUGUGACCUACUCAAGUGUAGUCCCAAUAUGACACUCCCUUGACGGUAACGUGGACCUGAAAAAUCACGUCACUGCCCGGUAUCUGUGCGUCCGUGUGAUAUAUUAUAUAAUUAGUAUACAAAAUAGGUAAACAACGGUCGACCGUCGAAGGCAAUACUGACCACCCUUUCUUUUUGUAAAUGUUCAAACGUUAUCAUUCAUCAGUGAUCCCAUAAUAUUUUUACACGUCGUAUACAACAGCAACUGUCACGUUCAGCAGUCGGUAUGGUCCUUGUGCUCGAACAGUGUUCGCAUAUGAAUCCAGUAGCUGGAGUGCGAGGCGAAAUUCGUAGAAAUAUAUUAUACAGUAAUAACAGUACACUCUGUUUUAGAAACAAAUCUACUAAACUUUACUGUUAAUAAUAAUUUUUUUUUAACCAUUUAGUCGAUAUGGUGAUUUCAAAAAAAUCUAUAGGUGUGUUACUAUAGUUAUGUUGAACAAACAAUUACAAACUUUAAAUCCCGUCUUUUUUCUAUUUUCUACUCAAAUUUACCAUUUUGUUUUGGAAGUAGUAUAGGUAUAGUUGUAGUGUUGUGUAAUAAAGUGUAUUAUCAUUAUAUAUUCGACUACCUAUUUAUUGAUUUAUUAAUAAUAUUUACGUAUAUAAUGCAUAAUAUAAGCGGGGGAAAAUUUUACUCUAGAAUAAUACAGUGAAACCUCCUUAUACCGGCUCCUUAUAAUGGGGAAAUCUCCUUAAAUGAAAAACAACAACAGUUCUGCAUAACCUAUACCCCCUAUAUAUCAGUUUCCCCAGAACGGAAACUCCUUUAUAACGGAAAAAUCAAUCGUUACCGAGCGAUUUCGUUAUAAAUGUCAGAUGUUAAUAUAGAUUUAAAUUAUAAGAUACAAAUUAAGAUGGAUAGAAUUAAAACUACUCCUAGUAAAAAUAAAGGAAGGCAAGUUUUUUGUGUGCAAUAUUGUAUAAUAUAUGUAUACAUAUUUUUAUUGUUAAAAAUAAUAAAUAAGUAUUUACCUAUAUAAAUUUUGUCUUUUUAUUUUAAAAACAAAAAAAAACCUUCCAUUAAGGUUAUAUAAAUGUAGCAUAAUACUUUAAAGUUGUUGAAACAGUGUAGUUGUAAGUAUAGUAACGUUACUUUCUUACCUAUAUGAUAAGAUAACCUUGAUAAUGAUAACAGUAACCAUAAAGGUAUAACGAUAAGUAUAUUUUGUGAUAACAGCAGAUAUAACCGUGAUAACAGUGUGGUAAUAAUGUCGAAAGUGGACGUGACCUAAAUGGUCUAUGAAGUGUUGGGCAAUUCUAGCGGCCAUGUAAUAGGUAUAGCACUUGAUCCCUGCUCCUGCUCUUGAUCCCGAUUCUGGGAUAGAACUCUCUAUUUUAUUCUAUUUUAAUUUAAAUGUUCGAAUAUACGAUACUAGGUUCAUUAUAAUAUUCAGUUACAAAACCAUUCUUUUCGCCGAAACCAUUUCGCCGUGACCUAUUCGCCGACGGACUUAUUUUCUUAAAAGAAAUCAACACAUUUUUUUUAAAAGAUAACUGAUACUGGAGACGAGUUCAGCCACCGUUGGAGAUGGGAAAUUGGGAUUUUGGGAUGAUAUGACACAUACAAUUAUUUAAUUUAAAUUUGUACGCAACGAUAAACUAUCGCUGACGAAAAACGAUUAGAUCUUAAAAUGCAUAUCAAAAAAACAUCAGAGUAUUCAACUCAAAUUUAUUUUUUAGACCUCUAAGUAAAACUUAUAAUAAACCUUGUAUUCAAUUUUCAAGACUUUUUGUUCAGCCAAACCGUUUUAUCCACUUAUAUAUACCAAAUAGGAAUGAUACAAAAAUUAUACAUGACACACAAUUUAUUAUUUUUUACCAUCAACUGCAACUAUAACACGAUAUAAAUUAACUUACUCGUAUAUCGUGUUCAAUUUUCAUAUAUUUUGUAUUAGUCAAAAAAUUAAACGAUUAAAAGCAUAAAACGACAAAUAAUACGAGGGAUACAAUUUUUCUAAUAGGUGCUAUUUUAUUUUUAAACAGUUAUUCAAAAAACAAUGAUACAUUAAAACUUAAAUUCUUUUUUGACCACUUAGUACAACUUAAAAAAAUAAGUCCAUCAGCGAAAAGUCUGGCGGCGAAAAGGAUAGUAGCGAAACAAUUGGUAGCUAAUUGGUUAUGGCAAAUCGAUCCAUCGGCGAAACGGUCCGUCGGCGAAAUUGUUUCGGCGAAGUGUCCAGAUCCAUUAAGUUAUUCCUAUGGCAGUACAUAACUAUCGAAAAUCUAAAGACAAAAUCUAUUCAAAUUUUGUCAAAAUUAUUAAAUUGUUAACAUUGUAAAAUUGUUAUUAUAUCGAUUUAAAAAUUAAAUGACUCUCUAUAUAUUAUAUACCACUCUUGAAAGCUAAAUUUAAAAAAAAUGACCAUAAAAGUUCUAAAUUGCAUGGUUUACGUUAGGCAUAUUUUAUGCAAAGUUAAAAAUAAUUGUAAAUUAUUUUUUUUUUAGUUGGCUGUUUAAAUUAUCCUUGGAAAGAUAUAUUUACAUCGAUGCCAGUGUGGGCAAUAGUAUGCGCCCAGUUUUGUGAAUUUUGGGGAUUCUUUACGUUACUUACUCAGUUACCCAGUUAUAUGAACGGUAUGAUUUGAUACUAAAUUUUAAAAUUUUAAUAGCAUUUUUUUUUUUUUUUAGAUGUAUUGAAACUUAAUAUUGAAAAAGGAAGUUUACUAUCAGCUUUGCCGUACUUGGUUAUGUCUGUUUGUCUUCAAGUUAAUGGAUUCUUUGUCGACUGGCUUCGAAAAAAGAACUUAUUUAAUAAUACACAAGUUCGUAAAAAAAAUGUAUGACAAAUUGCGUGUUUAACGAAAUUAUUUUCAUAGAUCAGAAAGCUUUUCACUUGUAUUCCUUUCGUAUGCCAAUCGAUUUUUAUGUAUUUGGCGAGCGGUUGCAAAACAGGGAAUGAAUCCAUAAUUUAUUUAACAUUAGCCGUAGGUCUUGGAGCAUUUUCUUGGACUGGAUUCAUGUAAUUUUCAAUUAGCGGUGUUUACACAUUUCUUAGAAACUCCUAAAUUUACUUAAUAUAUUUUCUAUUUUUUUUUUUAUUUUUUUUUUUUUUCGUAGCAUUAAUCCCUUGGAUAUAGCACCCCAAUACGCCAGUAUCAUAUCAGGGAUCGCUUCCACAUUCGGGACUGUACCCGGAAUCGUAAGCCCUUUGUUGUCUGGAAUUAUCGUGCGAAAUAAAGUUAGUAUUUCGAUAUACUUUUACUCGAAUAAUCGCGAUUACAACGAAACUAAUAUAUAAAAUCCUCUAUAGAGUGCAGACGAAUGGAGAUGGGUGUUUUUAAUUUCAAGCUGUUUAUACUUGAUCGGAGCGAUAAUCUACGGCACAUUUGCUUCUGGAGAACGACAGCACUGGGCAAAAAUUAAGAGCCAAGAAAAUGACUGUUGUAAUGACGUAUCAUCGAAGAUAUGAUACAAUUAUGUCAACCAUGAUAUGACGUAUAAAUACUUACGAAAAAAAAAUCUAAAAAUAAAAAAAACACCAUUGUUAUAAUAAAUCUAUACAUAUAUAGAUCCAUCUUUUUCUAACCCAUUACCUUCGUCUAACCAUCUAUUAAACUUUCUUCGCUAUCAUCUUAUGGGUACUGCUAAUGAAGACACCCACAUCUGUUAAUUUUUAAACUGAG